CACUAUUCCCUGAUGCACCCUAUCCCGAAUUCCUCAAUGCCCCAAAACCCCCAGUCAAGUCUCUGGCCUCUGCAAGAGAGACAAACCUGAAUUUCGAGAGAGAGAGAGAGCCGACGUAGGGAGUCCGGAAAAUUGUAGUGAGGAAAAGUAGUAUGGGAAGCACCUUUCUCUCUCUACCAGCGAAGCGUUCAAUUUCUUCGACAAUGUCCUCCUCUUCCUCCGAGCCCAGCUUAGAAAACGGAUCCUCCAAGCGCUCCAGGUCGCGCCAGCAGCAGGCUCCGCUCACUGUUCCUCCAGGCCACGUCGCCUUCCGCAUGCUCUGCCACGCCUCCCGCAUCGGCGGCGUCAUCGGCAAGUCCGGCACCGUCAUCAAGCAGCUCCAGCAGGCCACCGGCGCAAAGAUCAGAAUCGAGGAGCCGCCCCAACUCGACUCGCCGGACCGGGUCGUCGUAGUCAUCGCUCCCAGCGCAAUCCGGUCCAAGAUUGUGGUCAGUGGAGACCAAGAGAUUGAGGUUUCCAAGGCGCAAGAGGCGCUUUUGAGAGUGUUCGAGAGGAUUCUAGAGGUGGCGGCGGAGACCGGAGCGAUAGGAGUAGGGGUUGGAGUGGUGUCUUGCCGGUUUCUGGCGGAGACGGCGCAGGUCGGCUCGGUGAUAGGCAAGGGCGGCAAGGUGGUGGAGAAGAUUAGAAAAGAGACUGGCUGUAAAAUUAGGGUCUUGAAUGAGAAAUUGCCCGUUUGUGCUGCUCCUUCUGACGAGAUGGUAGAGAUAGAAGGGGAUAUUUUGGCUGUAAAGAAAGCACUUGUUGCUGUCUCCAGCCGUCUUCAAGAUUGUUCACCAGUUGACAAGACAAGGAUGACUGGAAGUAGGCCUAUUGAGACAGUUCCUCGUGAAACUUUACCUGAUAUUCGUGUAGAUCACCUUUCACAGAGGAACUCAGUGAUUUCCAAUUUGCCGAGCAGCUCCAUGAGUUAUGCUUCAGGAGUUCGUCCGCCAUCAAUAGAGGCUGAAAGGAUCUCAACACUGGAUACAAGAACACUCCAGCAGGAAGUUACUUUUAAGAUUCUUUGUGCCAAUGAUAGGGUUGGGGGUGUCAUUGGAAAAGGGGGUGCCAUUGUCAGGGCUCUUCAGAAUGAGACUGGUGCUACUAUAAGUGUUGGAGGAUCUGUGGCCGAGUGUGAUGAAAGAUUAAUUACUGUUACUGCCUCAGAGAAUCCUGAGUCCCGCUACUCGCCAGCACAAAAGGGUCUUGUUCUUGUCUUCUCAAGGUCUGUAGAGGCAGGCAUUGAAAAGGGGCAAGACUCGAGCUCCAAAGGGUCACCUCUUAUUGCACGCCUUGUUGUCCCGACAAGCCAAGUUGGUUGUUUGCUGGGAAAAGGAGGUGUAAUAGUUUCAGAGAUUCGGAAGGUAACUGGUACCGGUAUACGGAUAAUAGGUGGUGACCAGGUCCCGAAGUGUGCCUUAGAGAAUGACGAAGUUGUACAGGUUUCAGGAAAUUUUUCAAGUGUGCAAGAUGCUUUGUACAAUAUUACUGGUAGGUUACGAGAUAACCUUUUCUCCAACACAGUAAAUAAUUCUGGAAGGAGGAAUAGUUCAGCCGUGCUAACAGAUACCAGUCCUUAUGGAAGACUCAGGGAUCCUGCUCCUACUGGAUUUCAGCCUUCUUCAUCAGUUGGUGUUACUUAUGGUCUCGGUCGACAUACUACUCUAACUCAAAGUAUGGAUCAUCUUGGACUUUCCCAUAAUUUAGAUCAUCCUUCUUCACCAAGGCCAUGGGCAACACAGAUGGUUGCUCCAAGGGGAAUCUCAGAUACUGACAGGGGUUUGACUUCUCUUAAAAGUGGCUCGGAUCUUGGCAGUGGAAGCAAAUCUGCCAUUGUGACAAAUACAACUGUAGAGAUCAUAGUUCCUGAAAAUGUUAUUAGCUCAGUGUACGGAGAGAAUGGCACCAAUUUGGCUCGACUGAGACAGGGAACAGGGGAGCUAACACGAAAUAAAUUAAGUUGGAGCAUGUCCUGCAUCAUACAAGAGAAUAUGAGCAAAGGAGGAAGGUGGAAACCGAACCCAAUCAGCUGGACACUGCCUCUUGCGAGCUAACAAGGUGAUGUGGUCUGCUGCCUGAUUAGCUAUUUUGCUGGUCCAACCCCAGCUAAAAGAACCAAGAUCAACUGUUAAAGCUCUGAUAUGAUCCACAAGAGGCUACAUAGCCCAAUCUGUGGAUGUGGUGCAAUGGGUGAGGAGCUUAACAAGUUGGAGAGAAUCAAUCUCAAACAGAAAAUGAGUAGAUGGUAUGGACAGGGCUAACUGGACACCCAAUCUGACUGCCAAUGCUUCUGCAACCAAAGACGAAGAAGCAUGGGUAAAUAAAAUGUUCCCAGAUACAAGUGAACCAGAAGAGUUCCUAGCCACAGCAGCUAGUCCUGUUCCUUCCAAAGUCCAUGAAGCAUCAGUAUUUAUUUUUAGGACUAAAUACUCGUUACUUCUCAUACUUUUGCAUGAAAAACAGUUUAGUCCAAAAUUUUAAAAUUAAACAGUUUAGUCUU